CUUCGGUGGAAAAAUCCUAUUCAAGAAGCAUUUACUGGAACCUCAAAUUUAGUGAUCAUCACUUCUGCUCUUCUUUAAAAAAAGCAAAAAGAACUAGCAGUUUUCUUUAGAAGAAAGAGAGUGUUUAAGUAGAGAUUGAAUAUAUAGGAAUGAUAAUGGAGGAGAAACGUGAUGAUGAUCAGAAGACGGAAGAGAUGAUGUUGCCGGGGUUUAGGUUUCAUCCAACCGACGAGGAACUUGUAGGGUUUUACUUAAAGAGGAAGAUUCAAGAAAAGCCAAUCCCCCUUCAACUCAUCAAACCAUUAGAUAUCUAUAAACAUGAUCCAUGGGAUCUUCCAAAGUUGGCAAUGACCGGAGAGAAAGAAUGGUACUUCUAUUGCCGGAGAGACCGGAAAUACAGAAACAGUGCACGGCCAAACCGUGUGACGGGCGGCGGAUUCUGGAAAGCCACCGGAACUGACCGGCCGAUCUACUCCUCCGAUGGUUCAAGGUGUGCCGGGUUAAAGAAAUCCCUUGUGUUUUACAAAGGAAGAGCUGCUAAAGGAUUCAAAACCGAUUGGAUGAUGCACGAGUUCCGGCUGCCUUCUGCCGCCGAUCACACCACUCCGACCAACCGGUUUCUUGAAAAACCCAUUCCUCCCAAUGAAUUAUGGGCAAUUUGUAGAAUAUUCAAGAAAGCAAGUUCAAAUGGACAAAGACCUUUCUCUCAUUCAUGGGCAUCUCCAGUAUUACCAGAAGACCCUUCCUUGUUUUCCCACUUCCAACAAUUGGACCACAAACCUUUUAAGAUUGACCCAAUACCCCCUACACUUACUGCCAACAAAAACAAUGCCCCUCCAACUUUCAUACCAAGUGAUCAAGACACCAAAAAUCCCUUUUCAAUCCUUGAACCUAACUAUAAUACCACCACUAAUGCAUCUUCUUUGCUUUUCAACAUGCCUCCGUCUAUUUUUGGAGCUUUUAAUAAACAAGAUUUAGAUUACGAGACGAAUGGAAACAAACAAGGUUUUAGUGAUGAUUGUUUCUUGUUUACUGACCUACCUACAGAAAUACAAGAAAAGAAUCAAUAUGGUGAUCAUAAUCAAGAACAUAUAGUUGACAUGAUGUUUAAAAGUUCUGAUGAUGUUGUGUACUUUGAAGAUCAAUGGGAUUUUACUAACCCUAACAACUUUAUAUAUGACUAA